GACACUUGGGUCAGCUUUGGUUUGCUUUGGUUCUUUGAAUCUUUGUUAGUUGAAAAAAAGAAAAUAAGAGUUAUCAAAAUAAAAAUUACGUUGUAGUUGAAUUGAAUAUAAAUAAAAAAUAAUAUAAGUUGAAGAUAAAUAUACGUAUAGAUAUACGUAUUUAUUGUGUUGUACUCAGUUGUACUGUUGUGACUCCAUAUUUUGAGGUGAUUCAGAAUGUCAGGACAAAGUGGAGGACGAAUAAAACUCUCAAAGUUAGAUGAGCAACUUACCUGUAAAUUGUGUAGAGGAUAUUUUAUCGAUGCAACAACAAUCAUUGAGUGUCUACAUUCAUUUUGUCGAAGUUGCAUUGUCAAAUACUUAAACACUAACAAGUAUUGUCCAAUAUGUGAAGUUCAGGUUCAUAAAAGCAAGCCACUUCUCAAUAUUCGACCUGAUCAUACUUUACAAGAUAUUGUCUAUAAACUGGUUCCUGGUUGCUACCAGAGUGAAAUGCGAUGUCGCCGAGAGUUCUAUAAAAAACAUCCAGAUGCUCAACGAGCUAAUAUGACUCCAGAAACUCGAGGAGAACCAAUUGAAUCACACAUAUAUUCUCCUGAUGAAUCUUUAAGUCUUUCUCUUGAAUAUUAUAAGCCAUCUUUUAAUGGAAGCCCUAUACCACCUUGUACAGAAAGUGAAGAACCAAGUCGACGAUAUCUUCGUUGUCCAGCAGCUGUAACAGUUUAUCAUUUGCAAAAAUUAAUCAGAGCAAAAUAUGGACUAAGCAAUGUUCAUCGAAUUGAUAUUAUGUACAAAGAAGAACCAUUGUAUGGUAAUUAUUCUCUUAUGGACGUUAUGUACAUUUAUCAUUGGAGACGAAAAGUUCCACUGCAUCUAAGCUAUAGAAUCUUUGAAUCUUCAUCAAAACGUUUGAAACUUUCUGAUGAUAAUGAAGAAUAUAAAGAAUCGUUAUCGAAUGCAGGCAUCAGUACUUUAAAUUUGGACAAAGUGCAACAUGAAGAUGGAAUAAAAAAAGAAUGGAAAGAAGUCCAAUUAAAAAUAUCUGAAACUGGUGUAAUUAGUGUCACAGGAAUUACAAAUCCUGAUUCUAAGAAAAAUGAACAAAAAGAAACUCUUGAGGAAGAUCAACGAAAGCUUGAUGAAAGUAUUGAAAUGGCUAAUGCAUCAAAGACAGAAAAUACGAUGUCUAAAGAAAAAAUCAAUAAAGAAACUUCCAGUACAUGUACAAUUUCUGAACCCCCAAAAAUAUCCAGUGAUUCACAACCUGGGAAACAUAAAUUGUCCAUGAAAGCAGACAAUAUAAUAGGUGAGAAGAGUAACCAGACAAUUGAUUCGGGCAAUAAUGGAAAAACACCAUUAGAAAGCUCUGCUGUCAUAAAAAAACAUGAAUUAGUUUCAAAAAGUUGUGAGGAAUUGCAACGCCCAACAUCAAGUCUAAACACAAAAAAUAAUAAUAGUACAAAUCAAGCUAGUGGUUCUAAAAUUGAUGCAUUAAGUGCUAAACUUCAGUUCCAUCCAAAAGUUGGCCAAGUCAAUAAUACAUACUCAAAAAGAGGACAAAAAGAUAAAAAAACAAUUCUCGAAAAAGUUCUUAAAAAUACAGAUAUUAAAAAAGAUAUAAAAGAAAAAAUAAAUCGAACAAGUGGAGGUGGAAUAAUUGCAAACUUAUCAAAUAAGCUGCAAAUCAACACAUCACAAACAACACCGAAUCCUUUUUACAAUUUAUCAUAUGUACCAUCAGUUUCCAUUUCAAUCGCAUCUCGCAAAAAUGCGUCUCCAGAUGGUGUUAAAGAUUCACCUGGAUCAGCUACAGGACUUGGAUCUGCUCGUACUGAUAAUUCUGAAAGUUCCCAUCAACAACAACGAUUGAAUAAUAUUUCUGCUAAUAAUAAAAACCUUGCGAGCAUUGGACUUAAUGUUUCGACUGCUUCAUGUUCAUCAAGUUCUUCAAAUAAUACUUCCACUGUUCAGGAAUUUGUUAAUAAUGCAAUGCGAAAGAGUACUCCAAUGAGCAUCUACACAAUUCCGAGUUUUACAGCUGUAAAAAAUCUCGUUUCCGGUUCAUCAAAUAAUAAUAAUAACAAUCAAAACAAUAGUACCAAUGAAAAAUUAUGUGCUACGCCACCUUCAGGUACAGGAAAAUUGAAUAAUUUUAAACCAAAUUCAACAGGAUCAAAUUCAUUAGCUCCACCAUGUCCAGACGCAAUCCCCAUUUCUUCAAUGAAACCAACGAUUAGAAAAACUGAAAUUAUUGCCAAAGGAACAAUAUUAAACGAAAUUUGUGCUAAAAUUGGAACUUCAGGAUCAAAAAUAAAUGACAUAUGUGCUAAAAUAGGAGAAACUUCAAAAGAAAAAGAUAAGAAUAAUUUAGAGAUUAAAACAAGACCUGAAAUUCCAGAUCUUUUGAAAAUUUCAAAAAAGACUAUGAAUGAUUCUUCUAGUUUUAUCAAUAUUCCUAAUGUACCAUGUUACACACCUAGUAGUACUUCAAUUUUCGGCUCAACCGAUUCAAAAGCUAAUAAAAUAAUUUAUACAUCAUCAAGUCAACCGACAUCUAGUUCCAUUUCAAUAACAUCACAAUCUGGGUCCAAUAUUAUUCUCAAAGGAGGAGUCUCUGUUGUGAAAAAACAAUCACAAUACAAAACUCUUCGUGAUCCUCCAAAAACAUGGAAUCCUACUUUAUCAAAAAAUCAAGCAAAAGAAUUACAUCAAAGUCAAAGUUUAGUGUCGGAAUUUGAAAGUGGUAGUAGUGGAAAUAGAAGUAGUGGAAGUGGAAAUUUAAAACCGAUUGCUUCAAAGCCAGCUAAAAUUUUUAAAAUGCGAAAUGUACCGAAAUAUUUAGGAAAUCCUGCAUCUGGAGUCAAACCAAUGUAUGGAGUAUCAAACGAAGGCUCAGGAAAUAACAAAGAGUCAGAACAAAAGCUAGCUAAAGAACAAAGUCCAGUAUCAACUGUGAUAGAAAGUCAUGAGAAAAAUACUGUAUCAAAUGUUAGUGUAACGAAAACUGAUACAAAAACUAUUUCACCAGUUGUUUUAACAACAAAAAGUCCAGUUGUUUCACCAUCUCUGUAUUCUCCAAGUACUGGAAGCUACAAAAAUACACCAGCUCAUUCAAAAGACACGUGUCAUAGCACAAACUCGUUAUUAUCACCAAGGAAUUCUCCUGUAAAUCCUUUUGUACCAUCAUCAACACCAAACACAAAUCCACGAUUGAUUUACUCACAUCAGCCACCAACAUUGUCUGAAUCAACAAAAUUCAUGAAUCAUUCAAUUCAUUCUCCAGUAAGAAUGGCUUCUCUGAGUGCUUUUCACAGCAGUUUACCACCUUCAAUUAAUAAAUUGUAUCAACGAACAAGUUACAUGUCUUCAUCAUCGAGUACUCAUGGACAAAAUACAUCUUCUCAAUCACCAACAGUUCAACGUACACUUUCUCAGUCAGCUCCGCCAAAAUCUCCGAAAACAGCAAGCUCGUCGUCAAGUUCAAAUAGCAAUCCAAUCAAAACUGAGACACAAGCUACUACAGAUUCUACAGGAAACGCGAAUAAAGCCAAUCAACUCAUAGAUAAUCAAGAAUCUGGUACUUCCAGUUCUACAAAAGUUUUAGCAUCUGAAAAUUUGUCUACUGCGGUUGCGUCUGACCUAUCAAAAACCUCUUCACCCAGUAGUAAAGUAGUAUCAACUUGCACAGACAAUAAUCCAGCAAGUUCAUCAGAUAAAGAACCAAACAAUACAAGUAACGUCUCUUGUAACACCAUAAUCGAUGCUUGCAAAGACUCUAAAAAAGAGCAUGAAAAUAAAGACGAAGAAACUUCUUCUAAACUUCAAUCAAAUGAGAAAGCUGAAAAUAAAGAAGUCAAAGAUAGCUUAAACAAUAUUCCGAAGCUUAAAGUAAAUGAACAAUCUACUUCUAAUGAAACGAACGCUGACAGUUAACAGCUGAAUAUUUUAACUUGAAAAAAAAAAAAAACAAAACAAUUUAUUCUAUAGACAUUGGUUACUUUAUAUUUUUUAUUUAUUUAAAAAUCGAAUAAUAUUUUUAUUUUAUUCCUAAAUCAUGUUUGAAUCGAAACUUGAUCGAAAAAAAAAACCAACAACUUAAAAAUAUUUUUUUAAAAACAAAAUAACUAUAGUAUUAAUAUUUUAUUUUAAAUCAAGAAUAUUACUUUUUCAACAAUUGAUUAUAUUACAAUAUCAAUUAUAAUUUUUAACAGAUAACGAAAAAAAAAAAAAUAAAAA